AUGGCAUCAUCAUCCACCCCAGCACCCAGCACCCAAGGCACCGGCCAAGUAGACAAAAAAGCCCGCAACCCACGAGAUUUCAAACCCACCGAAAACAGCCGACCCGACUGGAACUCCUCCACACCCUUUACCUGGACCAAAACCAAAAACCCCAACUGGAAACUCGGCCAAGGCGCAGUCUUCUCCAACAAUGAAAAUUCCUCCUCCACCUCCCAACCACCCCAACAAAUCCCCAUCGACCCCUUCGCCCCCAACCGCAACCCAGCCUUCAACUACCGCCUGAUAACCUCCGCCAUAAUCCCCCGCCCCAUCGCCCUCCUCAGCACUCUUUCCCCCGAUGGUUCAACCUCCAAUCUCGCUCCCUACAGCUACUUCCAAGCCAUGUCCCACGACCCCCCAACUUUCAUCAUCGGCCACGCCGUAAACCCUUCUUCCAACAAAGACAGCCUAAAAAACAUUUUAUCCACCAAAGAAUGCGUAAUAAACAUCUUAACCGAAGAUAUUCUCGAGGCCGGGAAUGCCAGUGCUUUAGAUACUCCCUAUGGAAUUUCCGAAUGGCCUCUUACAGGAUUGACACCCGCUUCGUGCUCACUCGUGGCACCGAGUAGAAUUCUCGAAGCGGUGUUUGCAGUAGAAUGUAAAUUAGUGGGGACCCACGAGAUUCAAAGUCGAGAACACGAGGGGAAAAUUUCCAAUGUCAUGACGAUUUUGGAAGGGGUGAAAUUUUGGGUCAGAGAGGAUGUGGUGGAUGAGGAUUUGAAGUAUAUUGAUCCGGCGAAGUCGAGGCCGAUUGGGAGAUGUCAGGGGAUUACGUAUGCGAGGGUUAUGGAGGCUUUUCAGAUUCCGUGGCCGAUUUGGGAGGAUGUGAGGGAGGAGGCGGAGAGGGAGGGGUUGGUUAGGGGGAAGGCGGUGGGGCAGUGAGGUACGAGAC